GGAGCGCCAGGUCCAUCCGACCUCUGCCCUGCAUGCACAAGGACACUCAGGAGACGGGAGUGUGCAUGUUCGCCUGGAACUGCCUGAAGGGGAACGGCACCCAUCUGGGCACCUGCAUGGACGGCUUCUACUUCGGCAGCUGCUGCACGUUCAGGACGCAGCCACAACACCCGAACGAGGUGGAGACGGGCGGUGUGGCGCUGCCGGAUGUCAACAAGAACAAGCCGGUGAAGAUUGCGACAGAGACGAGCUCGACGCAGGCCUCGGCCGAGCUAGACCUCAAAACGUCACCCACGGAGACGCAGGCCUCGGCCGAGCUAGACCUCAAAACGCCACCCACGGAGACGCAGGCCGAGCUGGACAAGCAGAAGCCGACGACAGUUAAGACACCGGUGACCUCCAGCAGGCCGUCUGUGGUGACAACGACGGCGGGCGCAGUCGCGGCUUCAACCACCGCUCAGGCCGUCACAGAGAAGACGACUACCGAGCGUCCCGCUCCGACCCCGGCCUCAGCAACAGACGAAAACGUCAAGUCGUCCGAUGGACCCUCGUUCACGGCGUCCCCGUCGCCGACGGACGAGGAGCUGAACAAGCAGGACUCGGACGAUACCAUGUCGAGGAGGCCCACCACGGUCCAAGUCAUCCAGACAACAGGUGCGUCGGUUGCAACCAACCAGGCGGGCACCACGCAGGCAGCCAUCAGUGAAGCCUCGAAAACAACCUCAGCUACAACCGAACCAUCUUCAACCACACAAACAUCAUCUUCUGUGGCCGCUUCCUCAUCGAGUGCGGCGUUUACAACAACAACGUCAAAGCCAUCCACCACACCGGUGACGACUACGAUGACCACAGCCGGGAUGACAAGCACGAAGAAACCUACAACACCCGGAUCUAGCACGCCGGAGGACGGGUUCACGACGGUUUCGCUCCCCCAGUUCAGCACCUUCAUUCCAGACCUCAGCAAAACAUCGACGGCCACCCAGGCCACCAAGGCCACGACGGAAGCCGUCAGCACGUCAGCAACCACCCGGAAACCGGCCACGCCUAGGCCGACAUCCGCCGCGAAGCCCAUCACGGAUGUCCCAGAAUCGACUGUCAAGACACCGGUCAGCAUGACAUCUUCUGAGCCUGCUGAAGCGGCGGAUGCCGGAGCGACUCAGGUGACUGAGAAGCCUGCGCCUUCCACUACAUCCGCUUCAGAGAAACCGGCGGAUGGGAGUGGUGACAAGGUUACCAUGAAGCCCAUAGCAUCCUCCCCUCAGUCUUCAACCGAAAGUGUCACAAGCGGAUCGCAGGGGACCACGACGACGAAGCCUACAUCAGCUCCAGUCUCGAAGAAGCCAGUGGUCGAGCAGAAGAAGCCCACGACGCAAAAGCCCAAACCGACCAAGCCAACGUCAACAGUGCAAACAGAAGCGGCUGAACCGGUGCAGACCGCCGAAAGUUCAGAUACCACGGAGAAGCCAACAUCUGAAGGUCCGGUUAUGACAACUAGCUCCAGCAGCACCACUGACGCUGGAGCGACGCCUGUAAGGCAAGAAACCACCGCGAAGACACCUGAGUCGACGACAGGAGGGCCAGUCGUGACGACGGUUUCCACAGCUGAGCAAACAGCAACGAAGACGUCGGAUAACUCUCAGACGACGGCCUCGGUUAGUUCUGCAACGGAAGUAACCACCGCAACAUCGUCCACUGAGAACCAUAACGCCACGCGAGGCUCGACGACUCAAUCAGGAGCAGGGACGGCGACAGCACAGCCGCCUGUCCAAUCUGUCACACCCGAGGCCGAGGCAGCCACGCCACAGACAGAGACGACGACCGCAAAGCCCACCCCAGCAGCCACCGCAGAGCCUACCAAAACACCAACGACACUGCCCAGCACGGCCGCGACGACGCCUGCCACGCCGUCACCGACCGCGAAACCUACAGCCGCCAGCACGGCGAAGCCCAGCACACCGGCAGCAACGGAGUCUGUGCCGGAGACCACCGACAAACCCACACCCUCUGCUCCCGCGACGACGCCGCCGCCGAAAACGACCGCGGCGACGACCGCUGAGUCCACGAAGAAGCCCGGCAUCACUUCCGAGUCAACGACAGGUGCUCCGGUCACGGGUGAGGCGAGUAAGCCGUCCUCGACCGAGCCGUCGACGCCUGGGACCCCGUCGAGCACCGCGGCCGGCGUCACCCCAGGCGCCGGCGGCGUCAUCACCGACGGAUGGGUACCCAUCACGUUCCUCCCGCCGAACAUCACGCGCCCCACGCCCACCGUGCGGCCGACGACGGCAGCUGCGUCCGCGUCGCCAUCCGCCGGCACGACGGCCGAGACGGUGCUCACGGAGGCGACCCCCGCACCCCCAGCGGUCGCCGGCGGUCCGGCGGAAGGCACCACGAACGCCACGACCGAGCAGCCCCCGGCGGCGGCCCCCGCCGCGCCGGUCGUGGACCAGGACUACCGCACAGGCUGCGGCAAGAGAUACGUGCCUCAGAAGAAGAUUGUCGGCGGCAGCGUCUCUGACUUCGGAGAGUGGCCUUGGCAGGUGUCGGUGCGGCAGUGGCGCCAGGUCACCUACCUGCACCGGUGCGGCGCGGCGCUGAUCAACCAGAACUGGGCAAUCACCGCCGCCCACUGCGUCGAGAGUGUGAAGCCGGAGAGCCUGCUGCUGCGGCUGGGCGAGUACAACCUGGAGGACGAGUCGGAGCCGUACACGUUCGUCGAGCGUCGCGUGGAGCUGAUCGCCAUCCACCCCGAGUUUGACCCGGCCACCUUCGAAUACGACCUGGCCAUGCUCAGGUUCUACGAGCCGGUGCAGUUUGCGCCAAACAUCGUGCCCAUCUGCCUGCCGCAGGGCGAUGACGACUACCUAAACAGGACCGCCUGGGUCACGGGCUGGGGCCGACUCUACCAGAACGGGCCGCUGCCGUCCAAGCUGCACGAGGUGGCGGUGCCAGUACUGACCAACGCCGCCUGCGAGGGCAUGUACCGCGAGGCGGGCUUCAUCGAGCACCUACCGGACAUCUUCCUGUGCGCCGGCUGGGCCGCCGGUGGGAGGGACUCGUGCGAGGGCGACUCGGGCGGCCCGCUGGCGCUCAAGCGCGAGGACUCGGACAGUUACGAGCUGAUCGGCAUCAUCAGCUGGGGCAUUGGCUGCGCGCAACGCAACCAGCCCGGCGUCUACACGCGCAUCACCUACUUCCGGCGGUGGAUAGAGCAGAUAAUGCUGUUCUAGCGCGAGGCCGUGCGCGCUGGGGACCUUCUGUGAUCGCGCCGCGCGAGAGGGACCGGCGUCGAGCGGACCGCCGAGGUGGACCGCGGUCCGGCCGGCCGGACCGCGGAUCGCGCGAGGUCCCGGCGGGGACCGCGCCGAGGACCACCACAAACCGGCGUCGGUGGCGCGGGUGGAGGCGACGCAGACUCACGCGUGCGCCAGCCGGACCUCUGCCUCCCCCGGACCGGGCCUCCACACUGCCG